UACCGAAUGAUAUCGACCAUCGCACCACCACACCGAAUUUGAAGACGGUUAUCAACACGUUUUUCGAUUUUCGUCAUUUUUCAACAGCGUUCAUCUCCUUAUCAAACCUUGCCCAAUCGUUUUCGUAACUUAUGGAAUGAAAUACACCGAUUUACUAAUUCAUUAUUAAUUAAUUUAUCGACUACCAGACGCAGUGAACACCUUUUAAUUUUUUUUUCCGUCGACGGUCGCCUACCUGUAGCGACAGCCAUACUACGAUUCCGAUUUCCGACAAACAGCGUGUCGUACUGUCUGUCUGGCUAUCGUUGCUCAACCUUUAGUGUUUAUUCUACUUUCACUUGGUCAAGACGGACAGUGUCGUUUACAAGGCAAUACAAUUUCUACUUACAAUAUAAUAUUCGCAUUUCGCAAUAUCCAGAGACAAUAUUGGCGUACCGAGUUUAGCGAUUCUACUUACCGUUCCCAAAACGAGCAUCCGAUUUCAUCUGCACACGUUUUUCAGUACACGUUUUGGACUACGCAGCGUACCAAAAAAUGUCUAUAGCCGAAUUCCUGGAUGGUAUGCCAUCCUUUGACAAACGCAAUUUUUCCCGUUUCCAUUCAGACAAUGGUCGAAGUAAGCGUGUUCCAGUUUACAUAACGACAGAUGAUCAACCUUGCGACCAAAUUAUUGUUACCGACAAGUCAAAUUUGUUACUCCGGUAUUUACAUAACCAAUGGGAUAAAAAGCAUGGAGGUAAAAAAAGAGAAUUGGUUGAAACAGGUGAAGAAUCUGCCUCAUCGUCUAGAAAACGUCCAAGAGUAGAAUUAGGUGUAUUGUAAAACUUCUGGUAAUAAAAUAAUUCCAAUGUAAAGUUUGCAAAAAUAUUCAAUUGACAACUUUUAGUUUGGAUAUUCACAACUUACAAGCUUAAAUAAACAUUCUAUUGAUAAUAUUAUAUGUUUAAUAAUAAGUUCAUUUAGUUGUUUAACCUAUUUACAUUUUUCUUCAUUAUAUUGUAUUUAUAUGUCAAUAUUGUAUUUAUUGUAUUACGA